AUGGCUCCAACACCAUCAUCAGACGAGUCACCCGCGUCGACGUCCGGCCCGGGCCUCACACGAGCGCCAGACUCACCGCAAAGCAAAAUCAGACGAAAUGUAGCCUGUAUCAGUUGUCGUGACUCAAAGGUGCGGUGUCGAGCGAGUCCUGUCACGGGACAGCCAUGUCAACGAUGCGCCAAGUUGCAGAUCUCGUGCGUAUACGACAGAUCACACAAGAGAGUGACAAGGAGAAGUAAACUCGAGCUUCUGGAACAAGAGCUCAGAUCCAUCAAAGAAGUUGUACAGCCCAAGAGUAACGCAGAGUCACCAUCAGUCUCUCAAAGAAACGGAACUGUGUUUCCUACACAGCCGUCUCAAUUGCCUCCAGUCACAAAUGGAGCCGUCUUUUCAUUAUCCAGCAACCUGCAAAGCCCUCAACAACCCCAGUCGUUCGUGCCAUCAGCGACAUUGCUCGAAAAGACAGAGCCUACAAAACCUCGCAUGCUAGAUGGUAAAUUGGUGUCUGGACAGGAUAUUGACUGGUACUUUGAGAAGUAUUUGCAAUACUAUCACCCUUAUCUACCCAUAUUGAGGAAGAAAGACCCAGAUGAAUGCUUCGAAGCAUCAACAACUCUCUUCUGGACAGUAAUAUCGACAGCUUGUCGUCGAUAUGCUAAAGAUGAACAACUUGUAACCGUACUCCUCGAUUCUCUUAACCGCGACGUUUGGGGCCUGCUUCAAGCCAUUACAUUAGACCUCGAGUCUAUUCAGACUCUCUUGAUAAUCUGCACUUGGCCAUUCCCGACCAUUAGGUUUGUCACCGAUCCGUCGCCUAAUUUUAUAAGCAGUGCCCUCAACGCUUGCAUGCUUCUCGGCCUGCAUACUGGCCGAGGAUCUCAUCCAAGCUUCUUGAUUGGGGGACGCCAGCACAUGACAUGCACAGACUAUGAGGCAUCCAUAACGUGGGUGUUCUGUAGUAUUCUCGCUCAAAGAGUGUCUACAGGCAAUGGGCAUCCGCCUCCUUUCCUCCAGCAUAACGACACCAAGUGCAAGGAUGCCAUCAAAGAUAGUCUUGCGCCGGAGUUGCUCACCUUUUUUGAGCUACAGAAGUUUUCAAAUAGAUUACACACAGCCAUGUAUGCCCAGAUAUCGGCAAGCAAUGGGGUUCCUGAAACCAUCGUCAAGAUGUGGGAAGAUGAGUUUGAGCUUCUAAGACCCCUCGUCACCCGUGUCGAAACAGUUGCUCAACUCGAAGUCCAGGCUUACUAUUAUAUCUCGCCCCCUGACCAGCGCCCCAAUUUCACCCUCAAUACUCUCCGCACAUACAAUACCUCACAGAAUCUUAUCAACACAGCCCUCACACUCGAAUCAAUGUGCCAACUACUUACACACAGUCCCCACUGGGUCUAUCGUGCUUUAGUCGAUGCCAGCUGCAUCCUCCUAUCCACGCUACACUCCACUGCUGCCCCGCAACAUCUCUCAACCUCAGACGCUGAGGUUGUCGCUGCGCAGGUUCUAUCCCUUCUAAGAACCUGCUCAGUUCGUGAUAAUGACCUCCCCACACGAGGCUCCAUCAUUCUUGAGACUUUCUGGUCUGUAAGGCAUUUACUCCCUAAGUGGGACAUUCCCGUUGGUGCAUGGCCGGAUCGUAUAGGUGCUGCCACAUCGUAUUGGUGUCUCACGGCCUUCAAGAAUGCGUUGCAGGAGGCCAAGAAUAUCACAGAUGGUACACAAAAAGGCAUUGAUGCCUUUCAACAAAGGCUCCCGGGGACCAACAACGGUGAUAGUGACGAGGGCAAUGGCAACGCUAACACAGACAUCAAUGGCCAAGAACACACUGUGGACAAUACCAUCGAUCCCCUCCAGGGAAUUGACUGGUCCAUGAUCAUCGAUGACUUUGGCUGGAUUGGAGAGGGUCCCGUGUUUCUUGGGCCAGCAUGA